CUCAAUGAUGAAUACGACGUUGCGGGGUUCAUUUUUUCAUCCACUCCUCCAUGGCGGGCAUAAAAAGAAUCUCAGAAUGCAACUUUGCCUCCAUAAGAAGAAGUCGACUGCGUUAAAGCAAAGGACUCUGAAGAGGAUGAAAGCGAAAGCCAUUGCUGCCAAGGUGGAGAUGAACCGCAUAAGAGAGGAAACAACACAAAUGGUUGCUGCAAUGGAAGAGAUCAAACUCGAGAUUGACCUGUUGAAGGCAUCUGUCCAUCACCAUUGUGAUGACAUGCUUCUUAUCACAGGAGCAGUGGACAAUCUUUCUGAGAUUAUAUUUCAGCUUUAAUUAGCUGAGGAUUGAAAAAGACCAGUUAUACUUCAUAAAACUUACACUACAUGAUUAAGUCCAAGGUUUGGUGUGCUUUUAAUAAUAAAAGUUGUCUCGUCGUGUACCUAGCUAUAAGUCUCUAAGAAUUAUGGUCUUGGGUUUGGCAAACCCAAAUGUUAUUGGCUUUUAGUUUUUGAC